UUUGUUUUUGUGAAGGAUAAUGAUACUUUUGCCAUUAAAUUAUUAAAUCUGGGUAUUGCUAGGUUUGACUAGUGCUGCUGCUUCACCUCCUUUCCCUGCCCUGUAGAGAGAGAAACAAACAGAGGAACAGGGCGAGCGAGAGGGAGAGAGACAGGGAGUCCCAUCUCAUCUCUCCCCCUUUGCCUACUUUUCUCAGCCUAUGAAAAUUCUUUCCUACCUUUCCCACUGGCUUUCUUUGACUUCCUGGGGGUUCUUUUCUUCUAGUUCUUCAAUUUCGCCGUUUGAUGUCCGUGUCUGGCCAAGCCAAUAUCGACACCUUGUUUGGAGCUCGGAGAUUGCUGGAUUUUGCAGAGCUUGUGUUUGUUUCAGGAACAAAUAAAACCUUGUUACUUUCUGGAAUUUAGAACACAAGAUGGGUUGUUUCCCAGUUUUGAAGAGUAAGAAGAAGAGGCCAGAGCAGGGUACUUACAUUAAGCGUGUCAAACCUCAAGAGACUUUGCCCACUACACUGCCUGAACCUCAAAUUCAGGGUCGCUCACUGCAAUCAGCACCCCCAAGUUUUCGAAACAGAGGUAAACCCACGCAACCUGUUGACAAAGUUCUAUACAGUAGAACACGGGCAUUGUCGGCUCCUUCGAGCCUUGAUGCUGCAGAGCAAGAUGCCCUUGCAUCAGUUGAAUGUGAUGAACAGGAAGAAACUAGGCAUCGGGUCAAGGAGCAGAGGCCCCCGAGCCCGCAACCUCUUCCUCUUCCAUCACCCCAGAAUACUACUAUAUUGAAGGCCAUGGGAAGUUUUAAGGCUGGGAAUGCCAGUGGCCCUCUCUUUGCUUCUGGACCACUACCACUACCACCUUUGGGAUCACUCCGGAGCUUCUCCUAUGAAGAGAUUGCGGCUGCCUGCCACAAUUUCUCCCCAGAUCGAUGGAUGUCAGAAGGUCUUUCAUCUAUGAUUUAUAAGGCUUCCUUUGGGGAUGAUGCUUCAGGUUCAAAAAGGCUUCAGGCCACUGUUACUCGGCUUCAUCCAUCCACUCAGGGUGUAAGGGAAUUCAUAAGUGAGGUGAACACUCUUGAAUCUUUGCAACAUCCCAACCUUUGCAAAUUGCUUGGUUUCCAUGCACGCGAGGGUUCAGAACAGAGGAUGUUGGUUUACGAGAGGCUCUUUCAUGGAAGCUUAGACCGGCUUUUGUAUGGAAGAUCAGAUGGUCCCCCAAUAGAUUGGAAUACAAGAAUGAAAAUUGCUUUAUGUGCUGCACAAGGUCUUACAUUCUUGCAUGAAGAAGGGCCAUUCCAGGCAAUGUACAACGAAUUUUCAACUGCCAACAUACAGAUUGACAAGGAUUUUAGUGCGAAGCUUUCAGGGUAUGGAUGUGUUGGCCACAUUCCUGAGACAGAGAUUUCCAAUAGUUCAGUUGCUUUGGCGAAUCUCUCGGUGGAGACACUUGAAAGAGGAUUGCUCACGCCCAAGAGCAAUGUUUGGAGUUUUGGGAUUGUUCUUCUUGAACUCCUAACUGGUCGGAGGAAUCUCGACAGCCGCCAUCCCAAGGAAGAGAGGAACUUGGUCAAAUGGAGCCGACCUUUCCUGUCUGAUGACAGCCGGCUGUCACUUAUCAUGGAUCCUCAGUUGAAGGGCCGUUUUCCUGCAAAAGCUGCUCGGGCACUGGCUGACAUAGCUCAGAGAUGCCUGCAAACUGACCCCCUCGAGAGGCCUACCAUGAGAACCAUUGUAGAGCAUCUCAAAAUUGUACAGGACAUGAAAUAUUCCUGCAGAUUUCCACUACAAGAGCCUGCGGCAAUUGCUGGAAAACAGAUUUCAAGAUCCCCUAGCCUUAACGGGAUCAUUACUCCGACACCCAGGCUGAGUUUCUCUCCGUCACCUCCAUCAAAAACCCGACCAUCUGUUUCUCCUACAAGGAGGCAGACAUUGCCCUUGGCCCUACCUCCUCGCGCUUGUUCCUCCACCCUCUCUUUGGAGGAACUUGAGCGGCAGGAAAGUCGGAAAUCAUCAUCAGCCAGCUUUCGAAAAACUAGCGUCGAGGGAUUUUGAAUGUUCAUAGUAAGCAUUUUUUCAUUUUUUUUCUUUGCCCUUUUAAUGGUGAUUUUACAUGAUAUAUAGAAGAUAAAGAUGUGGUUCUUCCGCCAUUCCAUCCCUCAUAAAGGUACAAGGGAAUGGAUGCUGUUUUGUAGAUAUAAAAGAAGAGUGCAGGCCUCGAUUUGGCUGGGCUUAUGCAACUUUCUAUAGAUUGUAAUGUUCUUCCUACCCUUAGAAGAAUACCAAAGCACCAAGGAAAAAGCCACCUCCUGUUGAAAUCAAGUACAUCCUAUCCAAAUUCUAAAGAAA